AAGGGUCCCUGGGGUCCCUGGUGUUCCCAUGUCAGGGAACGUUCUGUCCAUCGUGACCUGGUCCCACGAGAUCCGAUAAGAGAAAUUCUAUUUCCUAUUCAGAAAACAUGCUAUCGUCAAAAACUGGCGAGCGCCAGUCUCACUCGAUCUUCCAGAGCAAGAGCGUGGUCCGUUCGUGCCAGGGCCGCGGUGAUCCCUGCAACGGUAACUGCAUGUGCAUGGAUCCAAUCCUGGGAAAGAGCUCUACCCAGGUAUUCGGCCGUGUCAUCAUCUGUAGAUUGACAUUCAAAUGAAGAAUCAAGACAAACCCAGUCACAUACCACUCGGCUCCAGGACAUCCGGUCCUUUCUCGCGACCAAUGCGGCUGAGAUGGAUAUCCUUACACUCAGCAUCUCGGCACACACCGCCACCUGGAAGCUCGUAUUGGCAUAUCCUCUUUCCUGGAUCGAGCGUCCGGUGGGAAGUCUGUUUGAGCGGCAGCAGAUUCGGCACAGAUGGUAUAGACGAAGAGAACGACGGGUUGGAUAAAGAGAGUGUAGAGUGGCCGCCAAGGAGGGGGUAUCUGGCGAGCGAGGACUCGUAUUGGGUAAAGUGCUCAUACUCAUCACAAGCUCCGUGGCCUUCACCGGGUUUUGGAGGGAUUUGCGUUGCUAACCGAGUCUGAAAGCGAAAAUCUUACGUCAGGGCCCAACCUCGUCUCCGAAAUACCAGCGGAACGCUAACGAACUCGGAAAACGCACCUGCGUCGAUGCUGAGUUGACAUCGACCGGGCGAAUGGCAACUCGCCCAGGGUCCUCAUCAACUGUCGACUAUACAGGCAAGUGUCGGUUUAACAGCAAAAGCAGAAGAGAAAGGGUGGAAACUGGUCAGAGAGUGCCGGGCGGACGAGCGAGAAGAGUGAUUCUUGCCAGUUGUGCUUGCGACGGGGUCACCAUAUCUGGGAGUUGCCAGUUUGGGAUAAGUAUGGAAGAUGCGCGUCAAAGAGGAUGUUGGAAGAAGCAAACAGGCGACAGAUCGGAAAGGCAGGGGAAAGAUUGUGCCGAAUACAUGCACCGAAUCAGCGAGCAGUCAGAACGUGACAUCAAGAGCGACGCGCCUGGGUCUUUCGUGUCUUGGAGGUCAUCUAGAUGGCAAGAUGAGUGACGCAGAGAGCGUGGACGAGGAUCUUGACAUCUGAACAAUACCGAUCAGCUUCACAAACGCCGACCAGAGCAGCCUUCACGCACCUUGUUCAGCCGAUUUCGUUCCCUCUGGGCAAUCAUCUCCCUCAUCUUGCGAAUCUCCUCCUCUUUUUCCACUAAAGUCAUAGUGCCCGCUUGCGGUGGAACAGGUGGUGAGCCUCGGCCGGAACUAGCACUUGCCGGCAUACGACCCGGACCCGGAGACGAAUAACGACUCGCAACUUCAGCGUCUUCUUCGCACGCUGGCCCUGCCUCGUCAUCUCCGUCGCUUUCGUCGCUGAGAUCAAUAACGAGUUUCCGGUGCCCGCUGAUACUGGCAAAACUUGCAGUUUUCCGAAUCGGGACAGGCGCCUUGGGUACGCUCCGGCCGUUGCUGUGGCCAUUGCGGGGACCAACAUCGAGGUCGACAAAGUCGGCAGCACUGGGUCGUUUUCCAUUACGGCGCUGGCUGAAAUCCUCUGGAGGUUCGGUGGUUGGAGGGCCCAUCGAGUCCGUCGGUGAGGUGACAACUUGAUGGCCGGCGACGUUACCUUGCAUGUCCACUGGCGAAUUGUUUCCUCCAAGACCAGGCUCUUCUCCCCAAUAGUCUUCAGGAAGUCCUCAACGGCUUCGGUGGGGAUUGUAAGCGGCAUUUCAACGUCGUAAUCUGCCGACGACGACGCGAUUGAUGAGGCGUCGGACGAGGGCUUGACUUUGCGGGUUACUUGGAUGGCUUUGCGAGCAAGCAGCUCCUCGCGGCGUUGUCGUUCAAUGUCGUGCAGGGUGCCAUCUGUUGACUCGUCUUUCGUCGCGCAUGAUAAGACAGGUGGAUCGGCGACGACAUCGGCGGCACCCGAAUAAUCGACUCCAGGCUUCUGCGGUAAACUUGGAUGCUGCGAUCGGGCUUCAGACCGAGGUGACGAAGAGACCACUGAGAGCGGACGGGAAUGGGCGGCUACGUAAGCUGGAGUAUACGGAACGAGACCAGUGACAUCGAGGUUUUGGGGGAGUCGCAGAUUAAGCUCGCUGAAUACAUAGAAGAUGAGUUCGCGACUGAGAUUACAGUCCACCAGGUAGUCAGGAGGAACGCCCCAGCCUAAGAGGUCAAGCACGAUAUCCUUGGCAGUAUCAUACUGCGUCUGGUUCACUGCACGAUACUGUAUCAGAAAGCAGGAAUGGGGACGAUCAUACACACUGUAAAGACCAGGUCGGACACGAUCAGGGCCAAUGAUGCAUGCGUCAUUGAGAUUUGCUUUUGUCGCUGAGGGCCGAGGCGAGUCGACUUGUGCAGAGCUUGUUAUUUCUCUGGCGGUGAUGGGAGCUGUUUUUGAGGCAGGGUCUUCCGAGUCACUUAUUUCGCCUUCUUCGCGCGAUUGACCGUCCAGUUCGACGUCAGACUUGGGUACCUUGAGCGACGCUGCCAGAGACAUGUCAACGUCGGAAGAUGGGGGUGGAGCAGGAUCCAUUUGGCCAUAGUCGAGUUGAAAAGAGUUGUCAACACGUGGUGGAGGACGAGAAUUGCUGGUAUCAGGUUUGCGACGCUUGGUUUUCAGAGUCAAGAGAGCAGCAGCACGUAAAGACGAGGCUGGGUCGGAUAUACCGGGAGCUUCAGAGUUAUUUGGCCUUUUGUCCGCCUCAGGAAAAGAGUCGGACAUGUCGUGAUAGCAAGGAAACAAGAGGAACAGGGCCAACAAACGUUGUCGAGAGCAAAAGCGGGCUGACGUAAAAGAUUGUCACGUGCGACCUUCCUUGCUGCACGGACCAGCUUGAUCUUAUCGUUCGCGAUGAAGAAGUUGACCUUGUUCGGACGGUCUGUGCUGCUGAUGGGAUCCCUUUCGCUAGCCAACGCUAUGUGUUGGAUUGCGGCAGGGAUCUUGUUUGGGCGUAAAUCGGAAACACAACCGAUCCUGAGUCUAGCGCUCUUAGCAUGGACUCUCGGACUUAGGCAUGGUGCGACUAGGUCGCAUCUCAAGCUUUGCAUUGCUCACAUCUGCAAGCUCUCGACGCCGAUCACAUUAGGUCUUGCAAUCGACAACGCGACUCGUGGACUGAUCAACACCGGUCAACUUCCUAUCACCUGCGGGCUUUUCUUUUCUCUAGGGCACAGCACAAUUGUAAUCGCCGUUAAUGUCGCGAUCGCCAUUUCGACGACUAUCUACAACAAACUGGAUGGCAUAGGCACAAUUGGAGGGAUAGUCGGCUCGGCUGUGAGCGGCUCGUUUCUAUUCAUCGUCGCUCUCGCAAACUCGAUCAUUCUGUAUCAAAUUCUGAGAAGGCGCAGAGCGGCUAGCAAGCGUGCAGAAGAGAAUCACACACCCGAAGUCGUCGAGGCACAUCAUGAUCACAUGCUUAUGUUGCGUAUACUGGGUCCAAUCAUUAACUUUGUCAACAAGCCGUGGAAGAUGUAUCCCGUUGGAAUCCUGUUUGGAUUUGGAUUCGACACAGCGUCCUCCAUCGCUCUGCUCGCCGUUUCUGCAUUGGCUGUGAGGCAAUCAGACGGAACAUCAGUGCCGCGAGGAUAUAUUGUCAUUCUUCCUUUUCUCUUUACAUUCGCCAUGGCUCUGCUUGACUCAGCAGAUUCGGUCCUGAUGUUGUAUUCCUAUUCGGGUUUUCCUGAACAUUCCUGGGCUCUUUUCGAACCCAGCGUCACAGAAAGCGAAACCGUUUCCGGCCCUCCUCGACUUGACGACAAAGCCCCUGAACCGGAUGUUGCACAAUUGACUCGUGACCAACGAGUGAAGAUGAACGUCAUGUCCAAGCUUAGCAUCGUGCUGACCAUAAUGAGCAUUCUCGUGGCAUUCAGCAUCUCGCUCAUCACAAUCAUGGGCCUCAUAGGAGACCAGUGCACCCCGUGCCAAAGGGCCGCAAAUGCCCCCGAUGGGGGAGGCCUUGCAGGAAAAUGGUGGCGUGGUUGGGCUAAUGCCAAUGAUAAUUCUGGCUACAUCGGUGCUGCGAUCGUCGGCGGAUUUGUUUUCCUGGUUGCGUUCUGGUAUCUUGUCCGCCAUCUGCGGCUGCGCGGCCAAGUCGGAAAUACAAGAUCUGUAGCAUCAAUCCAGCGACAUGGAACGCGCUUUGACGCGUCGUGUCAACAUCGCGUGACUCGCUCAAUGUAUCCACGUGACCAAGAAAGAGCCACCAUGUCGUCAGAUGAACCGUCUUACCCUGCGGACUGGGAAGCACGUUGCACGGCCAGAAAGAUGGCCCAGUUGGAAUCGAUACCAUCCGAAUGGCUUAUCCAGGCACCCCCCGUGUCUCAAGUGAACGUCACAGACGUCCCACGCCAAUGUGGACUGUUGACCGCUUUAGAAUUGGAAAUCACGGAAACAACAGAUGUUCCAGUCAUUCUUGACAACAUCCGGACUAGUCUGUGGACGUCUGUUCAAGUAACGACUGCAUUCUACAAGCGAGCCGUCAUUGCUCAGCAGUUGACAAACUGCUUGACGGAAAUAUUCGUUGAGCGUGCGCUAGCUCGUGCAAAAGAACUGGAUGAAUAUCUUGCCACAACCGGCCGCGUCGUCGGGCCGCUCCAUGGACUGCCCAUCUCCUUGAAAGACCAAUUCUCGAUGAAGGGUCUCGAAACAAUCAUGGAUUCUGACUGCGUUCUUGUUGAAAUUCUGUACGAAUGUGGAGCAGUCCCCUUUGUCCGCACGAAUGUUCCCCAAACGCUUAUGUGGGGCGAGACGAUGAAUCACGUGUUUGGGCGCACCCUAAACCCGUACAAUCUAUCGUUUACCCCAGGCGGCUCGUCUGGGGGCGAGGGUGCUCUCGUCGCCAUGAGAGGGAGCCCACUCGGUGUGGGGACUGAUAUCGGAGGAUCUUUGCGCAUACCGAGUGCUUUCUGUGGACUUUAUACUCUGCGACCUUCUUAUGGACGGCUGCCGUAUUUUGGAGCCAUGAACACACUGGAGGGCCAAGAAUCCAUCUCAUCGGUGCUCGGCCCGAUGGCCAAUUCGCUCUCCGGGGUUAAAGUUUUCACGAAGGCGCUUCUUGAUGCACAGCCUUGGCUCAAGGAUCCUCUUGUCGUCCGAAAGCCAUGGAGCGAAAGCGAGUAUCGGCUGGAAGGACACGGGGGCGGCCAGCAGCUUUGUUUUGCAAUCAUGUGGGACAAUGGCGUCGUCAAACCCCAUCCACCUCUCCACAGAGCGAUGGGAAUCGUCAAACGCGCGCUCGAAGCUGCCGGGCACCGAGUGAUCGAUUGGGAACCACACCGUCAUCUCGAAAUAUAUAAGAAUGCGGAAAUCAUUUUCGCAGCAGACGGGGGACACGACUUCCGCGAGCAGUGCGAAGGGAGCGAGCCUUUGAUUCAGACGAUGAGUCCGAUCACAGACUCGCGCGAGAAGGCUCUAGACGAGCCAUUGAGCAAAGCUCUCGUUGGCACACCCUACCAUCGGACGGCUUAUGAGUUAUGGCAACUUCACAAGGAGAAACGAGAAUUACGCAAGUCCCACCUCGACCACUGGCGUGCGACCGCGUCCAAGACGGGAACUGGCAGACCUGUCGAUGCCAUCAUCUCCCCUGCAGUUGCGUAUCCUGCCGUCCCUCACGGCCAGAAUACGGAUUCGUUCUACACCACAUUGUGCAAUGCUCUCGAUUAUGCUUGCUCGGUCUUUCCUGUGACGUUCGUUGACCCAGAGCUCGAUGAUCCUCAUCCUCCUCACGAAUUCUACAACGAGGAGGAUGCCCACAUCUUCAAUCUCUAUGCGGCAGACAUGUUCCCAGGAUGUCCCAUUGGGUUGCAGCUGAUUGGAGGCACGCAAGAGGAGGAGGCUGUGAUUGCCAUGACGGAGAUUGUCGAUAAAGCUCUGCAGAAUCUGAAGUGAAACCGAGCAGAGAAACAAUAGUAUCACCCAAAUGUACUACUAGAUAUACAGUCGAACGCUGGACCCUUGCCUUUUUGAUACAAUGUGUAGAAAGAAAAG